UUUCAAAAAUUUUCAACAAUUUUGCUGCGACUGUGUGCACAUAGCCUAAUAUUUUAGAAGGAAAUUGUUUUGUUUUUAUUUAAUAUAUGGUUUAAAUUCUUUAAUGGGGUUAUAAUGGAAGAUGAAUUAGUAAGAAAAAUUGUUGGAGAUGAAGAUCCAUUAACAGAAGAACGUAUGGGAAAUGUUCGUGAAGUAGGUAGUCAAGCAGUGUGGAGUCUUUCAUCUUGCAAGCCAGGUUUCGGAGUGGAGCGUUUACGAGAUAAUAUCACUGACACUUAUUGGCAAUCUGAUGGACAGUUGCCACACUUAGUCAAUAUACAAUUUCAUCGCAAAACAAACAUAAGCCAAAUAUACAUUUACACAGAUUAUAAAUUAGAUGAGAGUUAUACGCCUUCCAGAAUUUCUAUUCGAUCAGGAACACAUUUCAAUGAUUUGCAAGAAUUGCAAACAAUUGAUCUGAAUGAACCCACUGGUUGGGUCUUCAUACCAAUAAGAGAUGGAAAUAUGAAAUCCAUUCGAACAUUUAUGUUGCAGAUCGCUGUUAUAUCUAAUCAUCAGAAUGGGCGUGAUACUCAUAUGCGACAAAUACGAAUUCAUGCUCCAGUGGAAGGUCGUCACUAUCCUUUAGAAUUAUUUGGUAAAUUUAGUACACUUGGAUUUCAAAAGUUCACAACUAUUCGUUAAACAUAUUUUAAUUUCUUCCCUAUUAUUUUGGAUAGUUAUAUUUUAGCUUUUUCAAAAAUCUGUAUAUAUAGAUAUUUAAUCACAAUAUAUUUUUUAUUUCUCUUAUAAUGCAUUGUAAUACUAUAACAAUCACAUAAUUUAAUAUAAAGUAAAAUGCGAAUUAUAUACUAAAAUUUUUUUGUCUGAACUACUUUUUGUAAAAUAAUCUAGAUAUAUUAAAACAUUUUUUAUAAAAACACAUAAAACUAAUUUGUUUAAUAAAACAAAUAAAAAAAGCGUCAUUUACAUAGAAAUAAAAGUAUUGAAUGCUGGAAACUUGUAUAAGAGGAAGUAGAUAUGUAUACAGAUGCACAAUCUAUUAUAUGUAAAGUGUUUGGUUAAGUAUUUAAAUAUAUAACGUAAUCAAAACUCAUGAUUAUUUAUAUAAAACCACAAAUUUAAUAUCUUUGGUUAUAUAAUUUAUUUCUGAAUAAAGAGAAAAAGCUCAUUUU